GUUGAUUAUUGUUUUCUAUUUGACAUUUAAGAAUGCUUUAAUUUUUUGUUUGUACUGAUCAAUAGAGCAUAAGGAUUUUUAUAUUUAAGUUGAUCAUUACAUUAAAAUGACAGAGGAUGUAAAAAGUGAUGACAGCAUGUAUUUAAAAGAAGAAAAUGAAUCAUUCCAAAAUGGAGUACAAGCCUGUUAUGUUUGGAUACCUGAAAGCUGCGGACAGGAUGUGCUUGAAGAACUGGAAUCACCCAUAAAAGGUCCAUGUAAAUCAAAAGAAUUCAUAUGCUUUCACUGUGCUGAAACAUUUGACAAACGCCUAAUAAUAGUUGAUCAUAUCAAAUUAAUACAUGCAGAACAUUUGGCGAAACCUUCAGAACAGGCCAUUAUAAGUUACAAAUGUUUACAUUGUGAAUGCACCUUCGUAAGUUAUCAAAUAUUGAAGGAACAUCUUCAAAAAAAUCAUCAAAAGAAGAAAGUUCGAAAUAAAAAGAAGCGUUUUCAUUGCACUGUUUGUGAAUAUAAAACAUCGGACUCGUCAAACUUAAGAAGGCAUAUCAAAUUGUUGCACAAAGGAGAUAAGCCAUUCCAAUGUACCUACUGUGAGUAUAGAAGUGUUUUGUCAGGUACUCUCCAAAAGCAUAUAAUGUCAAAGCAUACAAACGAAAGGCCAUUUCCUUGCUCUCUGUGUGAAUAUAGAACUAUUACAGCAAGCCAUUUAAAAACUCACAUAAUGUCAACCCAUUCUGAGGAAAAGCCGUUCGAAUGUAACCACUGCGAAUAUCGUACUGCAAUUUCAGGACAUUUAAAAAGACAUAUUUUAGCAAGGCAUUCAUCUGAAAAAUCCCAUCAGUGUGUGCAAUGUGAUUAUAAAACAGGAUAUUUUGCAAACUUAAAGCAGCAUAUAAUGGCUCACCACUACGACUCAAAGCCUUAUAAGUGCCAACAAUGUAGUUACAGUACUGCCCUUUCGAGCAACUUGCAUUGCCAUGUAAGGGCUAGGCAUACUGAUUUAAGGCCUUAUCAGUGUACACUGUGCGAGUUUAAAACAGCGCGCUCGGGCAGUUUAAAAACUCACAUGAUGGCGCAUAACAAUGUGAAACCUUAUAAAUGCGCAAUCUGUAGUUUUGCUACAAUACAUUCAUCACAUUUAAAAAGACAUAUGAAAUCGAAACAUUCCAGCGAAGCAUCUGAUGAUGUUGGAUGAACUUUGUUUUUACCUUUAUCUUUUAUUUAAAGUAAUUUAUCUGUAUUAUUAGGGUUCGAAUAAUUUCUAGUUGAAAAUUGAUCUGUGAAAGUAGGGAAUUCAACCCAAUCAGUGCAGUUAUUUAAUUCUUCAAUUAAUCGUUUUAGAGAAGAGUUUCAAAUUGAAAUGAAACUUAUAAAAUUUUAAACAGUAGAUGAAACAAUCGAAAAGAAAUGCCAGUUAACUUAUUAUUUUUGCUAAUAAUAGACAUUUUUUUUACCUUGCUUUGGGUCCUUAGUAUCUGUCAGAGACAAAAAUAUCGAGCAUCAAGUCUGAAAAUUAUUUAUAAUCUCGAAUUCUUUGUUUAUAAGGUAUCUACCAAUACACAAACAUGGUACAGUUUAUCAGGGCUUGCCCUAUCGAAUUCUUGGGCCAUGUAACACCGAUGUCAGAUUAUAGAAUGCGAUGUAGAUGAUGAUCGGUGUGGUAAUCAGGAAGAAAAGAGUUGGGCACCUGUUAGAACUGGGUCUAGCGAGGUGGGAAGAAAUACCCAGAGGCUGAGAAGAAUGGAGAAGGGUUAUCAAAGAAGCCAAGACCCACUUAGGACUGUAUGGUAAGAUACUUUUUAUUCUUACUAAGUAAGAUACUUAGAAGAUACAAAGGGUUGCUUCUAAAACAUCAGGAUAUGAAUGAGAAUAGAAUAUCAGAUCUUGAGGUAGACCCAUGCUCAAUUACGAAACUAUUUAUCUAGAUUGGGUCUAACAAGAGGAAAGCGUAUUCAAAAAAUAAGAAAACAUUUGCUAUGAACAGUGAGAAGAUAGAGAACCUAUGUUGAUAUAGCUUCGCCCAUAAAGGUAUGAAGAGAGGUAUUCUAUUCAAAAUUUGUUCAUCUAGGAAGUACACACAACUCUGUGUUUUAUAUAUUUUUAUUUAUUCAUUUUCUCAUAUAAGUCUUGAUAUAAUCAAGAUUUUAAUAAGUCUAUAUUUCAAAAAGAUUCUCAAUUAAUUGUAUUAUAAGUUUUUAUAAUAAUUAAUGUUAAGGGUUAAAAUUUAUAUUUAUUCGAAAGUUAUAAUUUUAAGUAUAGAGAGUAUAUGUGCUAUUCCUGGAUCUGCUUACUUUAUUUCAAAACAAUUGAUAGAAAUAUUCUUAAAGUAAGAUUUAUAAUGAACUAUAAAUUUAUACUGGUUAUCAAUUAGAUUGGAUUAUAAAUGUAUUCAAAAUAUAAAUAGCAGAUUUAAUUGAACCAUCAUGUUAGUCUUCAGUAUGGUGGAAAAAGAUAAAUUGAAAAAGAAAGAGACCUAAAUCUAAGCCAAUCAAUAAUGGACUGAAGUGGGUUAAAACAUAUAAGAA